GUGGUGGGAGAAUCCAGAACCGAGUUAUUGCAAUGGUUGAAUCAAACUCUUGAUCUCAAUUAUACCAAGGUUGAAAAAUGUGGGACCGGAGCAGUUUAUUGUCAAUUAAUGGAUUGUAUUUAUGGUAAUGUACCAAUGCAUAAAGUAAAAUUUGAAAACGCAAUUACUGAAUAUGAUUAUAGAAAUAACAUGAAGAUCUUACAAGCAGCAUUCAAUAAACACGGAAUAACAAAAUCAAUAGACGUUGAACGAUUAGUCAAGUGUCGAUUACAAGAUAACUUAGAAUUAUUACAAUGGUUCAAAAGACAAUGGUUAGAGAAAAAAGAUGUUAACGAUGAUUAUGAUGCUAAAUCAAUUAGAAAAUCAACUCCUUCCUCCAGUAAUCUUCGUGCUGCUUCUAAAUCAACCACCUCGGCUCCUCCAAGUAGAAAUAUAACCCCUCGUCGAGCUUCACCAGCGGUUAAUCCAGUUUCGAAAAGAAUAGGCUCAAAUAAUUCAUUGAAUCAAAAAUCUUCAAUAUCGAAUUUAAAUCCUUCCACUCCUCAUCAACAACAGCAACAACAGCCAAAUAAUAAAGUACAACAACUAAAUAAAGAUUUACAAGAAGCCAAUAUUGAAAUUGGCGGGUUAACCGAAGAAUUACAAGAAUAUAAAAUAUCGGUGGAAAGCUUGGAAACUGAAAGAAAUUUUUACUUCAAUAAAUUACGAGAAAUUGAAAUCUUAACCCAAAAUAUUCAAGAACAAGAAUAUAGAUUAGAAAAUGGCAAUUUAAACAACGAUGAUAUUCAAGAACAAAUUGCUAAUUUAACCGUCUCGGAUAUAACCAAACAAAUUCAAUCGAUCUUAUACUCAACUGAAGAAGGCUUU